GGCCCGGCGGCGGCGGCGGCAGCGCCCGGCUCCUGCCCCGACAGGUGCGCGCCGCGCGCAGGAAUGCGGCCGGCCUGACUCACCAGCGCCUCCUUCCCACCUGCCGCCCGCCCCAUAAAGCGGUCCCCUCCCCGCGGCCGCCGCCCGCCGCCCGCCCCGCUGCCAGCCGCCCUCCGGACAGUCCCGGCUCGCCCGCGCGCUGCAGCCGGAGCGGCCGAGCGGAGCCCCGCGCGGGGAGGGCGCGAGUGCGCGCCAAGGAGGAAGAGGAUGGCAGGACCGAGUCCCAGCCCGUGGACCAGGCUGCUGCUGGCAGUCCUGCUGGGCGUCAGCUUCCCCGGGGAAAUGGCGAACCGCUGUAAGAGGGCCCAGGUGAAGAGCUGCACAGAGUGCAUCCGCGUGGACAGGGAAUGUGCCUACUGCACGGACCAGAUGUUCAAGGAGCGGCGCUGCAACACCCAGGCAGAGCUGCUGGCUGCCGGCUGCCGGUGGGAGAGCCUAGUGGUCAUGGAGAGCAGCUUCGAGAUCACAGAGGACACCCCGAUUAACCCCAACCUGCAGCGCAGCCAGGUGUCGCCCCAGGGGUUACGGGUCCGGCUGCGGCCUGGCGAGGAGCAACACUUUGAGCUGAAGGUGUUCGAGCCCGAGAAGAGCCCUAUGGACCUGUACAUCCUCAUGGAUUUCUCCAACUCCAUGUCUGACGAUCUGGACAACCUCAAGCAGAUGGGAGAGAGACUGGCCCAGGUCCUGAGAGAGCUCACUGAUGACUACACUAUUGGAUUUGGCAAGUUUGUGGACAAAGUCAGCGUCCCUCAGACAGACAUGAGGCCUGAGAAGCUGAAGGAGCCCUGGCCAAACAGUGACGCCCCCUUCUCCUUCAAGAAUGUCAUCAGCCUGACAGAAAACUUGGAAGAGUUUCGGAAUAAACUGCUAGGGGAGCGGAUCUCAGGCAACCUGGACGCUCCUGAAGGAGGUUUUGAUGCCAUCCUGCAGGUGGCCGUGUGCACGAGGGACAUUGGCUGGCGGCCCGACAGCACCCACCUGCUGGUGUUCUCCACCGAGUCGGCUUUCCACUAUGAGGCAGACGGUGCCAACGUGCUGGCUGGCAUCAUGAGCCGCAAUGACGAGGCAUGCCACCUGGACUCCUCGGGCACCUACACCCAGUACAAGACGCAGGACUAUCCGUCCGUGCCCACCCUGGUGCGCCUGCUUGGCAAACACAACAUCAUCCCCAUCUUCGCUGUCACCAACUACUCCUACAGCUAUUACGAGAAGCUGCACACGUACUUUCCUGUCUCCUCACUGGGGGUGUUGCAAGAGGACUCCUCCAACAUUGUGGAGUUGCUGCAGGAAGCCUUCAACCGCAUUCGUUCCAACCUGGACAUCCGGGCCCUGGAAAGCCCCCGAGGCCUGCGGACAGAGGUCACCUCCAAUGACUUACAAAAGACAAAUACUGGGUCCUUUCACAUCCAGCGGGGGAAAGUGGGCACAUACCAGGUGCAGCUGCGGGCUAUGGAGUCUGUGGAUGGGACUCACGUGUGCCAGCUGGGGGAAGAGGACCAGAAGGGCAACAUCCACCUGAAGCCCUCCUUCUCGGACGGCCUCUGGAUGGAUGCGGGCAUCAUCUGCGACGUGUGUCCAUGUGAGCUGCAAAAAGAGGAGCUUUCAGCUCGCUGCAACCACCACGGCGACUUCGUGUGUGGACACUGUGUGUGCAGUGAGGGCUGGAGCGGCAAGACCUGCAGCUGUUCCACGGGCUCAUUGAGUGACAUAGCGCCCUGCCUGCGGGAGGACGAGGACAAGCCGUGCUCUGGGCGUGGCGAGUGCCAGUGUGGCCAAUGUGUCUGCUAUGGAGAAGGCCGCUACGAGGGGCUGUUCUGCGAGUAUGACAACUUCCAGUGUCCCCGUGCCUCCGGGGUCCUCUGUAACGACCGGGGACGCUGUUCCAUGGGCCAGUGCGUGUGUGAGCCUGGAUGGACAGGCUUGAGCUGUGACUGUCCUCUCAGCAAUGCCACCUGCAUCGACAGCAGUGGGGGCAUCUGUAACGGGCGUGGCUACUGCGAGUGUGGCCGCUGCCACUGUAACCAGCAGUCGCUCUACACGGACACCAUCUGUGAGAUCAACUACUCAGCGAUCCGCCUGGGCCUCUGCGAGGACCUGCGCUCCUGUGUGCAGUGCCAAGCCUGGGGCACCGGUGAGAAGAAAGGCCGCACGUGCGAGGAGUGCAGCUUCAAGGUCAAGCUGGUGGACGAGCUUAAGAGAGGAGAGGAGGUGGUGGAGCACUGCUCCUUCCGGGAUGAGGAGGAUGACUGCACGUACAGCUACACCGUGGAGGGCGACGGAGCCCCCGGGCCCAACAGCACUGUCCUGGUACACAGCAAGAAGGACUGCCCACCCAGGUCCUUCUGGUGGCUCAUCCCUCUGCUCAUCUUCCUGCUGCUGCUCCUGGUGCUGCUCCUGCUCCUCUGCUGGAAGUACUGCGCCUGCUGCAAGGCUUGCCUGGCACUUCUCCCUUGCUGCAACCGAGGUCACAUGGUGGGCUUUAAGGAAGACCACUACAUGCUGCGGGAGAACCUGAUGGCCUCGGACCACCUGGAUACGCCCAUGUUACGCAGCGGGAACCUCAAGGGACGGGACACGGUCCGAUGGAAGAUCACCAACAACGUGCAGCGGCCUGGCUUUGCCACCCACGCCUCCAGCACCAACCCCACAGAGCUGGUGCCCUACGGGCUGUCCCUGCGCCUCGCCCGCCUGUGCACCGAGAACCUGCUGAAACCUGACACGCGGGAGUGUAACCAGCUGCGCCAGGAGGUGGAGGAGAACCUGAAUGAGGUGUACCGACAGAUAACAGACUCACAUAAGCUCCAGCAGACUAAGUUCCGGCAGCAGCCCAACGCCGGGAAAAAGCAGGACCACACCAUCGUGGACACGGUACUGACGGCACCCCGCUCAGCCAAGCAGGCCUUGCUGAAGCUGACAGAGAAGCAUGUGGAACAGGGGUCCUUCCAUGAGCUCAAGGUGGCCCCGGGCUACUACACCCUCACUGCAGACCAGGAUGCCCGGGGCAUGGUGGAGUUCCAGGAGGGCGUGGAGCUGGUAGACGUGCGGGUGCCCCUCUUCAUCCGGCCUGAGGACGACGAUGAGAAGCAGCUGCUGGUGGAGGCUAUCGACGUACCCAUGGGCACCGCCACCCUCGGCCGCCGCCUCGUAAACAUCACCAUCAUCAAGGAGCAAGCCAGCGGGAUAGUGUCUUUUGAGAAGCCCGAGUACUCGGUCAGCGGCGGGGAGCACGUGGCCCGCAUUCCUGUCGUCCGGCGCAUCCUGGACAAUGGCAAGUCCCAGGUGUCCUACCACACACAGGAUAACACUGCGCAGGGCAACCGGGACUACAUCCCCGCAGAGGGUGAGCUGCUGUUCCAACCUGGGGAGACCUGGAAGGAGCUGCAGGUGAAGCUCCUGGAGCUGCAGGAGAUAGACUCUCUCCUGCAGGGCCGCCAGACCCGCCGCUUCCACAUUCAACUCACCAACCCCAAGUUCGGGGCUCGCCUCGGCCAGCCCCACUCAGCCACCGUCAUCAUUGGGGACCCAGACGAACUGGACCAGAACUUCACAAGCCAGACACUGUCAUCGUUCCCUCACCAUGGUGACCUGGGUGCCCCCCAGAACCCCAAUGCCAAGGCUGCCGGGUCCCGGAAGAUCCUUUUCAACUGGCUGCCCCCUCCUGGCAAGCCGACAGGGUACAGGGUCAAGUACUGGAUCCAGGGUGACUCUGAGUCCGAAGCCCACCUGCUUGACAGCAAGGUGCCCUCGGCGGAGCUCACCAACCUGUACCCCUAUUGCGAGUACGAGAUGAAGGUGUGCGCCUAUGGGGCACAGGGCGAGGGCCCCUACAGCCCCUUGGUGUCCUGCUGUACCCAACAGGAAGUGCCCAGUGAGCCAGGGCGUCUGGCCUUCAAUGUCGUCUCCUCCACGGUGACCCAGCUGAGCUGGGCUGAGCCGGCUGAGACCAACGGCGAGAUCACGGCCUACGAGGUCUGCUACGGCUUGGUCAACGAGGACAACCGACCCAUCGGGCCCAUGAAGAAGGUAUUGGUGGACGCUCCCAAGAGGCGGAUGCUGCUCAUUGAGAACCUUCGGGAGUCCCAGCCAUACCGCUACACGGUGAAGGCGCGCAAUGGGGCAGGCUGGGGCCCAGAGCGGGAGGCCAUCAUCAACCUGGCCACCCAACCCACGCGGCCCAUGUCCAUCCCUAUCAUCCCGGACAUCCCCAUUGUGGACGCCCGGUGUGGGGAAGACUACGAGAGCUUCCUCAUGUACAGUGAUGACGUUCUACGCUCCCCUCCUGGCAGCCAGAGGCCUAGCGUCUCUGAUGACACUGGCGGCGGCUGGAAGUUCGAGCCCCUGCUGGGGGAGGAGCUGGACCUGCGGCGCAUCACGUGGCGGCUGCCCCCGGAGCUCAUCCCGCGCCUGUCCGCCAGCAGCGGGCGCUCCUCCGACGGCGAGCCGCCCCGCGGGCCCCCGGACGACCGCGCGGACGCGGACGCGGGCACGGGCGGGGAGGGUGGCGGCCUAGCGCGCGGCGCCACACCCAGGCCCCCCGGAGAGCACCUGGUGAACGGGAGGAUGGACUUUGCCUUCCCGGGCAGUGCCAACUCCCUGCCCAGGGUGACUGUGGCCAACGCCGCCUACGGCACCCACCUGAGCCCACAACUGUCCCACCGGGUGCUGAGUACGUCCUCCACCCUCACACGGGACUACCACUCGCUGACCCGCACAGAACACUCAGUCUCUGCCACGCUGCCCAGAGACUACCCCACCAUCACCUCUGUCUCCUCCCACAGCCUCCCUCCCAUCUGGGAAGAGGGGAGGAGCAGGCUCCCGCUGUCCUGGGCCCUGGGGCCCCUGAGUCGGGCUCAGAUGAAGGGGUUCCCUCCCUCUGGGGACUCCCGAGACACUAUAAUCCUGGCUGGGCAGCCAGCAGCGCCCUUUCGGGGCCCAGACUCCCGCUUGGCUGCCGGUGUGCCCAACACGCCCACCCGCCUGGUCUUCUCAGCGCUGGGACCCACGUCUCUGAAAGUGAGCUGGCAGGAGCCGUGGUGUGAGCAGGCGCUGCAGGGCUACAGCGUGGAGUACCAGCUGCUGAACGGCGAGGAGCUGUAUCGGCUCAACAUCCCCAACCCCAGCCAGACUUCAGUGGUGGUGGAAGACCUUCUGCCCAACCAUUCCUAUGUGUUCCGUGUGCGGGCCCAGAGCCAGGAAGGCUGGGGCCCAGAGCGCGAGGGCAUCAUCACCAUUGAGUCGCAGGUGCACCCCCAGAGUCCGCUCUGCCCCCUGCCAGGCUCCACCUUCACCUUGAGCACACCCAGCGCCCCGGGCCCGCUGGUGUUUACCGCCCUGAGCCCAGACUCGCUGCAGUUGAGCUGGGAGCGGCCACGCAGGCCCGAGGGGAACAUCCUUGGCUACCUGGUGACCUGUGAGCUGGCCCAUGGAGGAGAGCCAGCCACCACGUUCCUGGUGGAUGGUGACGGUCCUGAGAGCCGCCUGACCGUGCCAGGCCUCAGUGAGAACGUGCCCUACAAGUUCAAGGUGCAGGCCAAGACCACUGAAGGUUAUGGGCCAGAGCGUGAAGGCAUCAUCACCAUCGAGUCCCAGGAUGGAGGCCCUUUCCCACAACUCGGCAGCCAUCCUGGGCUCUUACAGCACUCACUGCCAGGCGAAUACAGCAGCGUCACCACCACCCACACCAGCACCACCGAGCCCUUCCUCCUGGAUGGACUGACCCUGGGGUCCCAACACCUGGAAGCAAGUGGCUCCCUCACCCGCCACAUGACCCAGGAGUUUGUGAGCCGGACGCUGACCACCAGUGGAACCCUCAGUACCCAGGUGGACCAACAGUUCUUCCAGACCUGAGCCCCCCACCCUUACCCAACAGUGUGCUGGAACCUGGGCCCCCACCCUGCCUCCUCUCCCUGGCUGUGGCUCAGCUACUCCAUCCUUGGACCCCUCGCAGCCCGGCACACGCGCAUCCUCAUCACAGGGCCAGUACGUCUGGCUACAGAGCAGAGGGAAGGUGUCCUCUGGGAGGAAUGAAGGGAGCAGAGGUCCCAGAAGGCCCUUCUGGCUGCAAGUCCCCUACCCCAGGCCCAAGCCCAUCUGUGUGUAACCAAAGAGCUGGGAGAGCAUGACAAGGGCCCAGCUUUGUUCUACACUUAAUAGAUUUUGCUACUGCUCG